GUAGGGGAGACUGUGGAAAUAACAUCACCAAACUACCCCCUAAAUUACCCAGGGUCUCUCGAAAUCUUGUGGGGAGUCCAUGCUCCUGCCAAUUACAGAGUCUUACUCCGAUUCAUAGUGUUCAACACGGAGGCCACAUAUGACUUCCUCUAUGUAGAUGCCAGUCGUGAGCCUGUGCUUAGUUUCAGCGGGGAGGGCAAUUUUGAUGACAUCAUUUCCUCUUCGACAUACAUGGUGUUGAGGUUUGUGAGUGACUUUUCCAAUGAGAUGUCUGGGUUCAAACUUGAGUUGAGUGCGGUUCAUGAGGGAGAUCUGACAAUUUGUAAAAAUGGAGAAAUAACAUACCAGUCUCUUUGUAAUGGACAAGUGGAUUGUUCUGACAAAAGCGACGAAUUUGGUUGCUCUCCAUUUGAGUUAGAAGAGGGAGAAAGUAUAACCUUCCAGUCACGUUCCAAACCUCAAUUGGUCGAUGAAUCACCGCUUGAAUGGUCAGUCGUAUCAACUGAUCCAACCCUUGAUUUGAUCGUUAUUGUUGAUUACGUCGAGUUGCUGCCUGGUGAUGUCAUCAGAGUGACUUCCAUAGAAGCAGAUAUCGGGGAGGAUUAUGUUUGGACCAUUGAAGGGCCCCUUAGCAAGGCUUUUGGUGAGGCUGCGGACAAGGUCUUCCCGAGCGGAAAUCUGUUGAUACAAGCUACCACCCUCGCGGGAACAAGGGAUUUUACAAUGGAGGUGAUGGCCUUACAUCCACAAGACAUCAGCGGAUGUCCAGGUACCGACAGAAUUAUCAUUCCACAGAAGAUGUGUGACGGAAUUGUCACCUGUCCAGAUAACAGCAAUGAACCAACCUGCGGUCCUUUGGAAACCAUUGUAUUGAACGAAGGAGAGGUGGCCAGCAUUCAGACUCCUGGCUUUCCUCUGCUAGUUACUACUCUACCUCUUCAAAUGGUAUGGACAAUACAAGUGACACCCCCGUCUAGGAUUCUAAUAGAUGUACUCUCUUUGAUCACUGAAGCAUCACAUACUCUUAUGAUUGGCACUGGCCUCGAUUACAGCGAUGAAGGCACUAUUGUAUUCAAGGCUGAAGGGCUCCCGUUUAACGAUGAGUAUGGUAUCGAAGUAGGCGAUAUAAAUCCUCCCGGGAACUCGAUGUGGAUCAGUAUAGAAAAACCCCUCACAGAUGUGGCGUCAAGGCUAGUUCUGUCUGCCAACAUAAGAGCAGUGUCUGAAGAAUCAUUGCAAUGUCCAUCUAGUGAACUCUCAUGUGGAGGUAUUUUCCAUGGCUGUUACAAUGAGACAAGCAGCUGUGAUGGAAUCCAUGAUUGUUUUGAUGGAGCCGAUGAAGAUUGUGAUUGUCCUAGUAUCAAAGAAAUAAGAUGUGGUCCCCUCAACACCUGUUUGCACCGGAUGUACUUUUGUAAUGGUAGACAGGACUGUGACGAUGAUGAAAGCGGAUGCACCUUUGUCUGUGAUAAUGGUAACAUUGUGAAUGAAAGGUUCAUAUGCGAUGGACACAACGACUGUGGAGAUUAUACAGACGAACCUCCGGACUGUGUGUGUGCUUCAAACCAGUUUGACUGUGGAGAAAGGUGUAUCCCUGUGAAUGACGUUUGCAAUGAAGAAGUUAACUGUGCCAAUGGGGCGGAUGAAGCCAACUGCAUAUGCAAGAGUUCUGAAAUCCAAUGCGACAACGGGGAAUGUACACCAUUCUGGACUCUUUGUGACGGCAAGGAUGACUGUACUGAUGGAUCAGAUGAACUUGAAGAUAAAUGCCGAGUAUGCGAUGGAAACUACUUCCAGUGCCAAGAUUUUUCCAAGUGCUUGGCUAUGUCUUCUGUGUGUGAUUCCGAAAGUGACUGUAAUGAUGGCAGCGAUGAGCUUGUGGGUUGUCCACGGUCUCUCAAUUACACCAUACCACCUAUUGUAGUUCCGACCAAUUCACCGAGUCCACCAGAACAAACGCUGCCACCCUCCUUUAUUCCAUUUGAGGAUUGUGGAUUGCGGCCAGCUCUUGAGAUCCAUCGGGUCACCCAUGGUGAGGAUGUGACUGGGCUUGGGGAAUGGCCUUGGCAGAUUGCACUCUACACGCCAAACGGUCAGUUCUGUGGAGGAAGCAUUAUCACUCCAGAGUGGAUCCUCACUGCGGCUCACUGCGUGGAUUUUAAUGCAACUGAUGACAACCCAUACACUAUCAAGGCUGGCAGCUUGCUUUACUUUACAACUGAUCAAAGUGGACAGUCUCGAGACGUGCAGGAGGUCAUCAGGCAUCGUCUAUAUGGCUCAGGACUAAUUAAUGAUAUUGCUCUCCUCAAGCUCGUUACCCCUCUCAACUUGACUAAUGAGGUGCAGCCUGUAUGUCUUCCUUCAGCAGAUGAAUCUAUACCAAAGCCUGAAGAAUACGUCACAUUCACAGGAUGGGGCAGCUUCACCGAAAGAAACACUCGUCAACCUGACCUCCUUCAAGAGGGCCGAAUGCCAGUCAUACCAAACUACUUCUGUCAUCGACUCGCACCUUUGGGUUUGACUGUUGAACCUACCAUGUUUUGCACCAUGUAUCAUACUGGCUAUCAGGGAGUCUGCACUGGUGACAGUGGUGGUCCUAUCGUCCAGGAGAUCAAUGGCCGUUGGACACUGGUUGGGAUCUCUAGCUGGGUUCGUGAAUGUGGUGCACCAUACGUUCCUAAUGGAUUCACCCGUGUGUCAAGCUUCAUCAACUGGAUUCAAGAUAACAUGACUGAAAACUGAAAUAAUCUAUGGCAUUCCUCUUAAUGGAAAUCACCUUUGAUCAAAAAACUUUGCAAUUGUAAUAUCAUAGAAUUUUUUAAAACUUUCACUGUAUUGACUACAGUACACAAUUAAUCAUGAUAAUAAAUUGUAUGAUCAUUUUGAAUCGUUGUGUAAAGGAACCCAGAACUGAUGAGGAAGUUAGGACUAUACUGUUGCUGUCAUCUAAUAACAUAGGGUCAAGUCCACCCCAGAAAAAUGUUGAUUUGAAUCAUACGAGAAAAAUAAAACAAGCAUAACACUG